AGCCAUCAUGUCAUCCUCAACUUCUCCAAUCAUUUUCUCUUUAAGGUUACAUCAAUUCAAUAACAUAGCUCUCUAUCUUUCUCUAAAAUAGAUAUACACAUUUUUCACCAUCGUCAACUUAUCUAUCUCUCCAUACUUUUAAAACCGAUUAUCACCCAGAGAGAAAGGAAAACAUGAGGAAUAAAACCCAAUCUUUCAUCAGCUCAAAGCUCAUAUUCGGUUGUUGCUCAAUCUUGGUCUUGUUCAUUCUCUUCUUGAAAAGAGAAAGCAUCUCUUCCCCUCCAAACUCAACCAUACGAGAGGAAUAUCACCAAAAACCUAAAUGCCCAUCAACCAAACAAUGCACCAAACUGCCCAUUUCUCUAUCCGACGCGUUGGUUCAUUACGUCACCACGGAGAUCACACCACAACAAACGUUUGAUGAAAUCUCAGUCUCAAAGAGAGUCUUGGACAAGAAGUCUCCUUGUAACUUCCUUGUCUUUGGCUUAGGACACGACAGCUUGAUGUGGGCAUCUCUUAAUCAUGGUGGACGGACUUUGUUCCUCGAGGAAGAUAAAGCUUGGAUCGAGACAGUGACUAAGAAAAUCCCUAACUUGGAAUCAUACCAUGUCGUAUACGACACGAAAGUGAAAGAUUCGAACAAGCUUAUGGAGCUAGAGAGAACAGAGGGUUGCAAAGCCGUGUCUGAUCCGCGAGAUUCGAAAUGUGCUCUGUCGCUGAAGGGGUUUCCAGCUGACGUGUAUGAGACGCAAUGGGAUGUGAUAAUGGUCGAUGCUCCCACGGGUUACCACGAGGAAGCUCCGGGGAGGAUGAGCGCUAUUUACACGGCGGGUUUGUUGGCUCGUAACCGUUAUGACAGCGACGAGACUGAUGUUUUCGUUCACGAUGUUAACCGGCUGGUGGAGGACGAGUUCUCAGUGGCCUUCUUGUGUCGAGGGUACAUGAAGGAGCAGCAAGGGAGGCUUAGGCAUUUUACCAUCCCUAGCCAUCGAGCUCGCGUCGGUACACCGUUUUGUCCGGUGGGUAUCAGUCGCCGCUUUUGAUAUUGUCCGAUGAGAGAAAACUGCAAAGAACAUUAACAAGAAAUGAGAGAAUUCGAGGAUAUGAAAUGAGCUAUGAGAUAAUUCAAUACCAUAUAAAAUUGAUAUAUAUAAAACUGGUCCAUUCUCUAUUGAGGUUUUGCAUAAUAUCGUGCAUCCUCCAUAUCACUUGAUAAUUCUAAUUACUUUAUACUCAA